GGGCGCGGCGGGGGGCGGCGAGCGGGGCGGCCGGCUGCGCCCCGGGGUGCCGCGGCGGCCGCGUGCGUGCCUCCCCGUGUGAGGGGGAGCCCCUCUCCCCGCAGCAGGCGCGGGGGGCAGCUGCUCUGCGGAGGAAGUUUAUUUUGCCCGUCCUCCCCCGCGGCUCUCUCCCGUCACUCGCAGUAGGGAAGGGGUGAAACCUCCCGCGACUCACAGGAACUUGCCGCUUCGGAGGGGAGCGGGGUGCGCGGCUUCCCGUCGCGGGGCAGAGGCGGCUUCUCUCACCCCCUCCCCCAGGGCGGACGCACGGUCCCUGGCGGGGGGGGGGCGGGUGGCAAGGAAAAAAAAAAAGAAUUGGAGGGAUCCAUAGACGCGACGUGGCUGCGGGAUUUCCACCGCCGCGACCCCCGGCCAUGAGAGCCGCGCCGCCCCCGCCACGCUGGGGGUUUCGGGGGCUGCUUCCCGGGCUGGGCGUGCGGCCGCUUCAGCCGGUGCCGCCCGCCAGCUGGAAGCGCCGGUUACACCUUGGGUCGCGGCCGUGCCUCGCUUCCCGCGGCGCGGCGGGGAGGCGCCCCCCGCUGCCUGUCAGGGCCGCGGCGCCGCCGGGCAGCGGGCCCGGGCCCCGGGCAGGGAUGCCGGCGGCGGCUCGUCUGCGCCGUCGCUGCCUUCCCCGGAAGGUUCAGCCUGGGCGGGAGACGCCGCGCUGAGGAGCGGCGGGGAAAUGGCGCCUGGAGCUGAGGGGCCGGCGGCCGGGCUGGGGGCCGAGCCCGCCCUCCCGAGCCGGGGAGCUCCUCGGCGGCGCGGGGCCGGGGCCAGAGACCCUCCUCGGGAGCCGCCGUCUGCCCCUCGGCGAGGAGCCCCAGGCCCUCGCCCUCCCGCAGCGUGCGGUCAGGGAAGUGGGUGUAACGCGGCCAGUCGAUUUACCGGGUGCCGUGGGUUCACGUGCUCACCGCUGCAGCCCUUACUUUGGAGAAAACGACAAACAAACAAAAAACCCCCUGUUCUGAACGUUUUGGCUGCUUUUUCGUGUUUGUGUACGGCCGCCGAGUCGCCAGGAACGCCUUCGCAGACGCCCUCGGACUAGGUGAAGUUGCAAACGCGUCGCUGCUCGCUGCCGCCCGGGAAGGGGCGCGCGGGCUUGCUGCCGGCCUGGAGCGGGACGGCGGUGAGAGUCCCGCGGGGACUGGCGGGGCGGGCGCGGGACUGCCAGCAGCCCGGGGGCCGGAGCCACCCCUCUGGUGUUUGCAGGGUGCUUCACACCGUGGGAGCUCACGUUCGUGACUGGCACAUUUGAAAUGCCUCUGUGAAUGAAUCAAAGAACCUGUGUGUGACAUCGUCAUGAAUGAGAGAAGAAAGUAAUACAGUAUUGGAUGUGCCUGUUUGCUGCCACUGUUUAGAGAGAAAAUGAUGCAUUAUGGGGAAUCAGUCGCAAGGAGUGAAUGAGAUGAACUGUUUGGGUUAUAGUAUCUGAAAGGCUAAAUUAUUCUCUUGAAGAGAUGUUCUAAAUGAGCCUGACCGAGAUCCUGGAUCUGUGUGAAGAGGACUAAGGAUAUAGGAUGUCAACUGAGACAGAACUUCAAGUGGCUGUUAAAACCAGCACAAAGAAAGACUCCAAAAAGAAAGGUCAGGAUCGCAGUGAAGCCACUUUAAUAAAGAGGUUUAAAGGUGACGGUGUCCGAUACAAAGCAAAACUGAUUGGUAUAGAUGAGGUUUCUGCCGCACGAGGAGACAAGUUAUGCCAAGACUCCAUGAUGAAGCUCAAGGGAAUUGUUGCUGCGGCUCGUUCGAAAGGAGAACAUAAACAAAAAAUCUUCUUAACAGUCUCCUUUGGGGGAAUCAAAAUCUUCGAUGAAAAGACAGGGCUACUACAGCACCACCAUGCAGUUCAUGAAAUUUCAUACAUUGCAAAGGAUAUCACAGACCAUCGAGCAUUUGGAUAUGUAUGUGGAAAGGAGGGAAAUCACAGAUUUGUGGCAAUAAAAACAGCCCAGGCAGCUGAACCUGUAAUUCUGGAUUUGCGAGACCUGUUUCAGCUCAUCUAUGAACUGAAACAAAGGGAAGAAAUGGAAAAAAAGGCACAGAAGGACAAGCAGUGUGAACAAGCGGUAUACCAGGUUCCGACCAGCCAAAAGAAGGAAGGUGUUUAUGAUGUGCCAAAAAGUCAACCUGUAAGUCUGCAGAAUGGAAACUUAUUGCUGGACAUUGAUGAAAAUCUUGUUUCAGUCACUCAGGCUGUUACCCAACUAGAGCUUUUUGGGGACAUGUCCACUCCUCCUGAUGUAACCUCCCCCCCAACUCCUGCUACUCCAGGUGAUGCCUUUAUCCCAUCUUCAUCCCAGUCACUUCCUGCUAGUACAGACAUGUUUGGUUCUGUACCUUUCAGCACUGCUGCCGUACCCUCAGGUUAUGUUGCCAUGGGAGCUGUUCUGCCCUCAUUCUGGGGACAGCAACCACUUGUUCAACAGCAGUUGGCCAUGGGUGCUCAGCCUCCAGUUGCUCAGGUGAUGCAGGGAGGACAGCCGAUAGCAUGGGGCCAACCGGGUAUUUUUCCUCCUACUCAGCAGCCGUGGCAAUCUGUAGCUGGUCAGUUCCAACCAACUGCCUUCAUGCCAACACAAACUGUUAUGCCUUUACAAGCAGCCAUGUUUCAAGGUACCAUUGCUCCUAUAGCUACUGUUCCACCCACAAGUGAUUCCAACAGAUCGAGUCCACAGACAGACAGGCCCAGACAGAAAAUGGGAAAAGAAAUGUUUAAAGAUUUCCAGAUGGCUCAGCCUCCACCAGUGCCAUCAAGAAAACCAGAUCAGCCUUCCCUCAGUUGUACCUCAGAGGCCUUCUCAAGUUACUUUAACAAAGUUGGGAUGGCACAGGAAGCAGAUGAUUGUGAUGACUUUGACAUCUCUCAGUUAAAUUUGACUCCUGUGACUUCCACGACUCCAUCUACAAAUUCACCUCCAACCCCUGCACCCAGACAAAGUUCUCCAUCAAAAUCAUCAGCAUCUCAUACCAGUGAUCCUGCUGCAGAUGACCUCUUUGAAGAGGGGUUUGAAAGCCCAAGCAAAAGUGAGGAGCAAGAGGCUCCUGAUGGGUCUCAGGCCUCAUCCAACAGUGAUCCAUUUGGUGAGCCAACUGCUGAUACUAUAAGUCCACAGCAAUACCUCCUGAGCAUCGGUGCAUCGCCAGUACUGGAAGAGGAAAUUUAUAGAAGCAGAACCUCUCUACGCCCAGAUCAACAGACCUAAGAAAUAGCAUUGUUACAGGCUUGUGGUGCUCCAAGACUCAAGCAACACCCAACAACAUGGCAGGUCUUUGGCUUUCAUGCUUUUUUCCAAUUGAUUUUGUCUGACAAGGAGAGAUGAUUGCCCUCCUGGACUGGCUCUACGAGUGUUCCUGACAUUUUUUUUGGCAACCAAUGGCAGAUUCCUAUGGCAGCACAAAAUAAAAACUCUCCCUGCUUAUCAUACCACAAGUCCAGCCCCAUCCCCACGCGUCAUGGGUAUCCAGACUAGGAAAUCUUACUCCUCGGUCUUCUAAACAUUUGUUAUCUUCUGUAUGCCACAUAUAAAUAAUGAGCAUCUGAAAUUUAUUGAGCAUUAGACAUUCUUUUUCUUUUGAGCAAAAAGCAGAAUCUGUAUGUAGCAGUGGCAUCAUUCAACAGCCUUUUGGGCACAAGUCGGCACUUUUUAUGUCACGGUGACAUGUUCUUCAUCAUCAUUUACAUCAGGCUGAUCCUGAAUUUUUUUUCCCCUGUGUAGACGUAUUUGAACAACAACAACAAAAAAAAUACUGGCAGUGUCAUAUUUUUUUUUAUUUCUUAUUCUGUAGUUUUGUAUAAGGGACAGAUCUAACAGCAAAACGCCUCCUACGGAAAUUAUUCCUCACUUGAAACCACAGAAUAAAACUCGGUUGUUUAUCCAUCCUGACUGGAAAUGUUGCCAAAUGGACCUUUAAGUUCUAGCGCAUCAUGAGGAAGAAAUGCUGCUUUUCUGUUUGAAUACUCAUGUUGUGGGUAGAGAAAGGACAUCGAGUCCCACUGAAGAAAGACAAAAGAGUCAGUAUUUCCUAGGAAAUUCUAAACGAAGUGCAGAAAAGGAAUAUUUUUGUUUCUUCAGUAUCUUGCUGCUGUAAUGCUAUGCAGACAAGUGUUUUCUUCUCUGUGUGCCAUUUUUGAUGAAAAAAAAAUCAUUUGCCAAAUAAUACUGGUAUGAUUCUGGUUUAGGAAUUUGGAUGAAGCAGACUUUACAAAUGGGACAAGGAUGGCAUGGAUUUUGGAAUAACAAACUGAUUCUGUGAUCAAAUUGUUCAUCUUUAUCACUUUUUGUACAUCAGAAAAAUCAAAUGGGAUUUUUAUUUUAUAACUUGAAAAAAAUCUUACUGUUAAACUCUUUAAAUGUUAAAGGGGAAAUGGCUUUAAGGAGUUUGAAUGAAAAUUGCCAGUUUUUUUGUAAAUAUAAAUGUUAUGAAAAAUUCUUUUACUAAUGCCAUUACACAGUAGAGAAGGUAGCAAGUUGCAGCGCUUGGGAGGUGUGGCAAACCCAGGUUGUGGUUCUCACAUCACAUACGUUUUUUCACGUGCUUACGAUAAUGGGCUGAAGCUCAAGUGCAUUUGCCAAAAGCAGUCAGCUUGUCAGCGACUAGUGAAAUUAAUGGGAACACAUGAUUUUAUGAUCUAGUUUUCACACGGACAUACUCCACUUACAAGAAAUCACAUUUCAUUGACAUUCCUUUGCGAUUCCAGAACCUCUGCAUAGAAGUCAUCAAACUGUUUACACACAGAACAAGAGAGUUUAAAACUUCCUUUUUUUACAUUUAUGAAGCAAAAGUGCAGUGUUUGGGUUCGUAUGUUUAGCACAUGAUUUUCAUAAAGAAUCUAUAUAUUUUUGCCCUACAGAGAAUUGUUAUACAGGUCAAAUGUGUUUUCCUGAUGUUCCUAUGCAGUUACAGUAUAUUGAAUUUAGUGGUUUAACACUAAAUAAAAAAAAAAAAAGAAAAAAAAAUGAAAAAAAUGGAAAAAAUAGAAAAAGGAAAAAAGGUUAAAGAAAUCAAAUGAUUAAUCAGUUUUUAGGGUUAUUGUGCAGAUUUUGUUUUUAAAUUGACACACUAGGAUUUACAUUUUUGUCAUGAUUAAAAUAGGCCUGGAGUUAUAAAUAUUUUACUUUCUUUCAUCUCUGUUAUAAGCUAAAAAUGGUUUAGAAGACAGAAUAACCAGGGUGCGAUUGUUGAUAUGUACAACCAAAUCUCACAACAUGAUUCCAGUCUUUUAUUUUGAAUUAGAGAAAUUAGAGAAAUGUGCGUUGCAGAAUGUAUGUGAAUGAAAAAUUAGCUGUGAAUAGACCUAAUGAACCUGCAGAGAAGAGAACUUUUAUCCCCAUUCACGGUCAUUUGAUGCUUAUUCCUUAAGUCAUGUGCAAACAGCUUUGUGGCGAAUCUUAUUUUUCCCAUUAGAAGGAAGAUCAAGUUCUCUAACCGGAGAAGAUGAAUUAAAACUUGGUGGAUUGAGUGUUUCAGGAUUAAAAGCAGAGGUAAAAGUGUUUCUGAAGGACAUUUCUUUAAGAAUAGUUUCCCAGUUUGCACAGUGGUGCUACUUUCUUCCUCACUGGCUCUUUUGGGUUUUGUCCUACAUACAGAGCCACAAAGGCAAUUUUGGUUUAUUAUAGACAUUUGAGGUUUAGUAUUGUCAGUGCAUUUCCAGUUAUGGGGUAAAACGUUGAGGACAAAGAAGAGAUUUAUGUCUCAGAGGAUCCAUUGACGUCAUAUUUGUAGGAAGCAGACCAUUUCUGUAGUCCUUGCAGCGAAUAGGUGCCGAGGGAAUGAGGCUGGGAUUUUAGUGUCUCAUGAGAGACAGCUGGACCAUCACCAUGGACCUUUGUCUUAUCUUUACCAAUGCUCAUAAAUAAAAACGAAUUCUGAA